AUGGCGCUUUCUGACAGCGGAUCAGAGGGAAAGAAGUUCUGGUGGGAUGACUCUGCGUACAGCGAGAAGGUAAUCAGACGGGUCUUCAUGACCCAUGCAGCCACCCGGUACAAAGACAACAUCCACAAGAUGAGGAAAAUGCAAAAGAAGCAUACAUCUGUGAAUCAGGAGAUCUGGGAAGCCUGGAAUGCAUUUUGGGACACAGAGAAGGAGAAAAAGAAGUCAGAGACAGCUCGGGCAAACCGGAUGAGUGAGCCUGCGGGCCCCGGUUCUGGUCCUGCUAAGGAGCUCGGCCGGAAGCCGACUGCGACAGAGCUGUACAGUCGCCUUCAUAAAACGAAGGCUGAGAAGAAACCAGUCGACAAGAGGGUUCAGGAUAUGACUGACGCCAUCGCUGAGAGGCUUGCUGCUGCGACACAGUCGCCGACCGGAGAGGGGAGCACCUCGAGUCCUGUGGAUGAGACGCAGAUAUUUAUGGAUAUCGAGGGCGUCAACAAGAAGCAUCGGGUGUACGGCCUGGAUUCGGCUACCAGCAGAUAUGUAGGCCCGAGUAUCAGACCGCAGAGAGGCAGCUCUUCACGGACAUCACAGCAGGCGGAUGAGGAGGUCGAGCGCCGUGUGCAGGCCGGCAUCCAGGAGGGCCUGCGGCAGGUUGAGCAGCGGUUGGCGGCGCAGCAGGCCAGCAUGGCACAGAUGAUACGUGAUGAGAUUGCACGGAUGAUGCCGAAUCUCCCACCAGAGUAUCAGCCACAGUUUCCCCCUCCUCCGCCAGACGGUGGCGAUACUACAGAUUUGUAG